CUCAAUGGCUUGCUAUGUUGGUAUCGAAGCUAGCUAUUUUAUUUGCUAACAACGGACAAUUGAAUUGAAUAUUAGCAUGACUAACUUAAAUGGAUUAGCAGCCCAGGAAGCCAAGAUAGUCUGACAUUAUCAUAUACGUCUCAAGUUUCUACGCCUCCCAGGCCAGUAAACAUGAGAGGGUGGGAAUUAAGUGGGAUGUGCUGCUCCAAACUUUUCUGAGGCAAAGCUUAGAAACUUCAGCACAGGCUGUGACAGAACUGACGCAUCUGAUCCUCUCUACUGAUCUGAAGAGAUGUCUGAGUUAGGCUCCAUUGACAAUCCUGUGAAGUUCAAGGAUCAAGACUUUGACGCCCUGCUGCAGAAUUGUCUCAAAUCUGCUGUUCUGUUCUCAGACACGGUGUUUGCAGCGAACCAAAGCUCCCUCGGUAUUCCUGUGGAUCCUGAUCCUAAAAAGGCAGUAAAGUGGCUGCGCCCAAAGGAAAUCACAAGUAAUGCUGUCUUUGUCGAGGGCACCAUGGGCACCACCGAUAUCUGCCAGGGCCAGCUGGGUAACUGCUGGCUGCUGGCGGCCCUGUCCUGUCUCACCAUGCACCCGACACUGUUUGUCAAAGUGGUUCCAUCUGGACAAAGCCUGAGUGAAUCCUACGCCGGCAUCUUCCGUUUCAGGUUUUGGCAGUAUGGUGAGUGGGUGGAGGUGGUAGUGGAUGACAGGCUGCCUGUGAGAGAGGGCCGUCUGCUUUUCAGCUACUCUCGCACCACCAACGAGUUCUGGAGCGCCCUGGUGGAGAAAGCUUAUGCCAAGCUGAUUGGUUCUUAUGGUAGUCUGAAAGGGGGGAUUAUCUCAGAGGGAAUGGAGGAUUUCACAGGGGGCAUUGCCUACUCCCUCCCUGUGUCUUCUCGGCCCCCACGCAUGCUCUGGAGAGCCAUCACUGCUGCCCUGGCCAGAAGCAGCCUGAUCAGCUGCUUCAUACAUGCUACAAGUGUGAAGGACAUUGGCAUUGUGACAUCAGAGGGUCUCAUUAAAGGUCAUGCCUAUGCCAUCACUGAUACAGAUAAGGUCCAGAGGGAGUCUGAAGAGGUCUUACUGGUGAGGCUGCGUAACCCCUGGGGGUUUAUUGAGUACUGUGGACCCUGGAGUGACAGGUGUAAAGACUGGGACCUUAUAGACAGUGCUCAGAAGGCCCGACUUGAGUUGGCCAAAGUUGAAGAUGGAGAAUUCUGGAUUGGAAUAGAGGACUUUUGCCGUCUGUUUAAUACAGUGGAAAUGUGCAGUGUGAAUCCGGACUCUAUGUCGGGGGAGGCGAGUGAUGACACGGCCACCCCAUCCUGGACGCUGAGCUCACAUCAAGGCACCUGGGUCCCAAUGUGCACUGCAGGGGGCAGCCGAAAAUACCCCAGAUCUUUCUGGAAAAACCCUCAGUUCCAGAUGACACUAUCUGAGAAAGAUGUGGAUGACCAUGACUAUGGAGAGGAUGAUGAAGGGGAGGAAGGGGAUGGAGAAGAGGAUGACGAAGUCACAGUGGCUCCAGUGAAAAAGACUGAGAAACAGGGAGAGAAAAAGAAGAAGUGCACGGUACUGGUGGAGCUUCUCCAGAAAUACCGCAGACAGAAAGAUAAAGUCAACUUCCUCUACAUCGCAUUUCACAUCUACAAGGUCCCCUCUGAGCUGCAGGACAAACCAGGAUCUCUGGACCAGCAGUUCUUCUCCAAUAACCGUCCGGUUGCUCGCUCUGGAAAGUACCGCAGCAUCAGGAGCGUGUGGCGAAAGGUGCACCUGGAGCCUGGAAGUUAUGUCAUCCUAGCCUCCACAUACAGGCCCAACCAGCAGGGGGAGUUCUUCCUCCGCAUUUACACCAAAACCGGCAACAUACAGGGAUUCCAGGAUUUCCCCUGCACCAACAACUACUCUGUGAUGGUCAUGUCAAAGCCAGUCUUACCCGAGGACCAGUUCAGGGUGCAGAAGUGGUUUGAUGAAAAGGCUGGAACUGAUGACAGAGUGAAUGCUGUGCAAUUUAUGAAUCUGGUGAACUCAGUGCUGGAAAAAGACUAUGAACUUCCCCUGGAGACCUGCAGACAGCUCAUCUUUGGAGAAGAUACUGGAGGCAGAGGCCGUCUGAACAGAGCUCAAGCUGAGAAGCUGCUCACUUCCCUACGCAAUCUGCAGUCUAUCUUUUUUCAGUUUGAUGAAGAUUCGUCAGGAACUAUGAGUCCGUUUGAACUCAGUUUGGCUCUGAAUGCUGCAGGUGUGGAGUGUGACAAUGUUGUUGAGCAGUUGUUGUGGGAGAGGUUUGGCGCCGGUGAACAGUAUCUCCCCUUUUAUGGCUUUGUGUCUUGUGUUGCCAGACUGCAGGUGCUCUUUGAUCUUUACGAGUCGGAGACCAACCCAGAGGUGAAGGACAAGGGCAUCAACGCUUGGCUGCUCAGGCUGUUGGCUGUGUGAGCCUGUCCAGACCCGACACCUCAGCGGGACAGACCUGCUAGGCCAAGACUACUCUGACGUCAUCCAUCUGGGCCUACGUCUCCUACAUCACCCCCUUCUAUCUCAUUUGUGAUCUGCGGACCUUUGCCCUGCAGUUGCAUCCACCCACUCACUGCUCCAUCAGUUGGGGUCUAUGACCAUGUAGGUUAUUACUGCCUGGAUACAAAACAUUUCAUCCCCCUUAGAUAUUUUAAAGAGAUAUUUUACUUGUAAAUUAACAUUUUGUCAUCAUUUACUCACCCUCAUGUCAUUCCAAACCCACAUGACUCUCAUUCUUCUGUGGAACUCAAAAGAAGAUAUUUAGCAGAAUGUCCAAGCUCUUUUUCCAUACUAUGGAAGUGAAUGGAGACCAGGGACAGUUGUGAUCGCCAUUCACUUUCAUUGCAAGGAAAAGAGCAGCUUGGACAUUCUGCUAAAUAUCUACUUUUGUGGUCCACAAAAGAAAGAAAUACAUAAUGAAGGUAAAAUAAAUGAUGAUAAAAUGUAUAAUUUUGGGUGAACAAUGUGUUUAAAUCUAUAUCUAAAAAGCAUUUUAACACCAUUUGUUUUUAGUAGAGCUGCCAAUUUAAUGAUUUGGUAUGAUUCAGUGGCAGCAAAUAUUAUAUUUCUUGUAACAAGCAGCCUAAUUACUUUUUUUUUUCAUUCAUACGGCAUGACUCGUACUUCCUCUUGUACUUUUUUUCCCUGUUAUGAACAUUAAUGUAUCUCUGCUUAAUGUCUUUAAAAGUUGCGGAUGUUUUUUUGCUUCCAAAUAUAAAACCACAAGUCAUAAUCUUU